UUAAAUUAGCAUAAUCUGAUUUCCCUUCUAUAUCUGAUAUCUCUAUCUACGAAACAACGGUCAAAACCAAAAGGUAAACCCUUGCCGCAACGCCGUACCUUCCGCCACCAACAAAUUCAUCGUUCGUGUUUAUCAGAACACCGCGACAAUGGUUCUCACAGAGGAUGAGAUAACAAGGCUCUAUAGAAUCCGCAAAACGGUGAUGCAAAUGCUCAAAGAUCGGAAUUACCUCGUCGGAGACUUCGAGCUCAACAUGUCGAAACACGAUUUCAAGAACAAAUACGGCGAGAAUAUGAAGAGAGAAGAUCUCGUUAUCAACAAAGCCAAGAAAGAUAAACAGUCCGAUCAGAUCUACGUCUUCUUCCCUGAAGAAGCUAAGGUCGGCGUCAAGACUAUGAAGACUUACACCAAUCGGAUGAAUUCGGAGAAUGUUUAUAGGGCAAUACUUGUUUGUCAGACUAGUCUUACUCCAUUUGCACGAACAUGUGUCUCUGAAAUGGCUUCGAAAUUUCACUUGGAAGUUUUUCAGGAGGCGGAAUUGCUUGUAAACAUUAAAGAUCAUGUGCUUGUGCCGGAACAUCAGGUGCUCACUGAUCCUGAGAAGAAAACCUUACUUGAGAGAUAUACUGUCAAGGAAACUCAGCUACCUAGAAUCCAGGUAACAGAUCCUGUUGCAAGAUAUUAUGGCCUGAAGCGGGGACAAGUUGUUAAGAUUAUCCGGCCAAGUGAGACUGCAGGAAGAUAUGUGACAUACCGAUUUGUUGUAUAAGGGUUUCCUUGUCUGCUGAUUUUUAUGAGAAACACGACAAUGAUUAUACAGCAUUUUUUUGGUAAUUGGUGACAAUAACUACAUUUUAGUAGUUUGUGUUUACCUACUUGUCCUAAGCCUAAGGAAAUAUGGCUAAAAUACUUUUAACUUGUAUUAAGAGUCUGAGACAGUUUUCUUUGCCAGCAAACUUGAAUCAACAGUUCUUAAGCUAAAUUCAUGUUCAUUUCUACUAA